AUGUCCCCAUCAUCCGCUCUUGCAGAGAAGGUUGCCCCCCUCCAACUCAUCAUCGGAUACACCUUCACCAACCCGGCCCUUCUCUUCGAAGCCCUCCAGGCAGCGGGCUCCUACAUCCCAACCAUAACCACCCGCUUUGACGGCCAUAAAGAUCUCGCCCAGGUCGGAGACGCCAUUCUCCAGAUGGUACUCACCCUAGAUGGAUACCAAACCCGAAAGCCCAGAAGAAAAAUCAGCAGCAUCAUCACGGCCAAAGCCAACAACACCAACCUCGCCGCCACCGGCUUCAACAAAUCCCUCGACCACUUCGUCAUGGUUAACCCCGCCCAGGGCAAAUCCGUCUCCACCAACGUCAUGGCCAGCACCGUUGAAGCCCUCCUCGGAGCGGUCUACAUCGACAGUAACCAGAACAUUGACAGCGUGCGAUCCGUCAUGGACGCGUUGGAUCUCGGCUGGCCUUGA